AUGGUUACCGGAGUCGAAAGUGGUGCUGAUGUCAAGGUUAUGCAAGUAGAAGGCCCUGGUACUGUAGCCAUUUCAUUAUGGGACUUGCCUUGCAGGCCGCCUACUGACCAAGUAAACAUACUUUUAGAAUUGAUUGACACCACGGGAAGCGCUGCGACAAAUGCCGUAGUGAUAUCAUCCGACACCAAUAUGUCAGAUGCACCAGGAUCUGGACCAGUUUCUCCAACUCCAUAUGUCACUGCGCCGUACUAUGUUGAUAUAGAAGAUUUGAGUCGGAAACAAUCAGGAUGUCUAUACCGAUUACGGCGCAAGACGCUUCGACAAACAGUAACUUCUUACGAUCAAUUGGAGAACGUAACCCUCAUUAAAGAUGACGUAGUAUACACUAGUGGUGAACUCGUUCUGCAUGUUACCAUCGAAGACGGUUGGACGAUUCGCAAGAUGUACCUCAAUCACGACGAGGUUGGGGGCCUUUAUCAUCUUAAGUUUGACCCCUCAUGGCUUGAAUUGGAUACAGAGGGACGGUAUGAGUGUUUUGCGCGUGCUGAAAGCAACCGUUACGCUUCCUGGGCGAUGAAUCAAUUUCAAUACACACUCUCUCGCAAACGCAGGAACGGGAGAGGGCGCCUGGUUCCUAAAUAUCAACGAUAUUACUCCCUUUUGUUAUCCAUGGUGGUUCAGCCCUGUCAUGCAAUGCAAUCCACCGGUUCUGGAUAUGACGACGAACCACGUUGGAUGAUCUGUGAGCGCGUGACUGACCGCGGUCACGCGUAUGUGCACGAGGGAAACUUCCACAAUAAACCGACUGAGCGUCGACCUUGGACCUCCCUAAUCCAUGCGUACAUUCACUAUGUUUAUGAUCUAAGUGCAGACCAGACUUUAAUCAGCAGGCUAGACUGCGACGAUCACGGCAAGAUCAGCAAUUUGGUAUGCUGGGACCGAAACCGUCCUCCUUACCACAGCCGUGAUGUUGUGGAAAUGCACGGCAGAGUCCAACGCGCUUUUCAGAUGUUUGCUGAGCAACAUUUACGUAUGGUACUGAUUUGUUAUACAUUUGGUAUUCAUAUUGCAACAUCAGCCCUACUGCAAGUGGUUUGGGCGAAUGAAAUGCUUCAGAUGAAGCAAUCUAAAGGGGUGGCGGGCCACCCCCUUUGCUUGACAACAAUGUGGAUAUAUACUAAAAAAUGUUUGAACACAGGCCUGAUGCACAGGUUCAAGUGGUUAACCAUGAUUUGA